UGGAGGGAGUAUUGAGAAUGCAUUUCUCAUGUUAUUGUUAUACUAAAAACUAGUGUAAUCAUGUAUACACGUUCAAAUGAGACACAAUUAAUACAAAAACAUAAAGCAUAUGAUUCCUUUUUCUUCCCCUCUAUUAGUUUUUUUUAUCAGAGCUCCCUCUCUUUUUCUCUCUUUUUCUCUCUUUUCAUGACAGGAAUGUUCUUGUUUCUCACUCAGAAAUCUUCUAUACAUAACAUUCCUUAUAUAGAAACAAAUUAUCUCUCUGUUUUCAAUCAUAGGAACAAUUUCUUUGAUCCUGCUUUCACCUACAAACUUCUUGUUCAAAACACUGAAAAAACAUGUCGAAUAAGUGGGUUAUUUCCCUUAUAAUAUUUCUAUUAAUUUUCAAUGAUAUUUCAUUUGUUUCAGCCUCUCCUCCUGCAAGAAUUGUAGCAGGUAUAGUCACUAAUGUGGUGUCUACAGUCUUCAAGUGGCUUUGGUCUCUAAGAACUCCGAUCAUUAAACCGGAUAAAGGUGUUUCGAGUCGUUCUUUGAUGAAAUUUGAGGCUGGAUAUACAGUAGAGACGGUUUUUGAUGGAACAAAGGUUGGGAUUGAGCCUUAUUCUGUUCAAGCAUCUCCAACAGGAGACCUUCUCAUCUUGGAUUCUGCUAACAGUAAUCUCUACAAGGUUUCAACCCCAUUAUCUCGCUAUAGCAGGCCAAAGAUAGUUGUUGGGUCAGCAGAAGGGUACACAGGGCAUGUUGAUGGAAAACUAAGAGAAGCAAGAAUGUAUAGCCCCAAAGCUUUAACCGUCGAUGACACCGGAAACAUCUAUAUUGCUGAUACUGUCAAUAUGGCCAUCCGGAAAAUCAGUGAUACAGGGAUUACUACUAUAGCAGGAGGGAGAUGGAGCCAUGGUGGAGUUCAUAUGGAUGGAGCUAGUGAGGAUGCUAAGUUUUCUGAUGAUUUCGAUCUGAUUUAUGUACGGAGCAGCUGCUCGCUUUUGGUUACUGAUAGAGGAAACCAAGCUAUUCGUGAAAUCCAACUCCAUGAAGCUGAUUGUUCUUAUGAGCAGCCACCAGUCCAACAUGAGCAGCAGCAGCAGCAGCAGCAAGAGGAUAACUUAUAUUUUGGUGUGGCAGUCCUUGUUGCAGCUAUGUUUUCUGGGUACAUGUUGGCAUUGCUUAAGCUGAGAGUGCAAGCCUUAUUUUCGACCAAGAAACCGGAUCCAAGAAUGCAGAUGAACAGUCACGCUUUAGCAGCACCAUAUCAGAGACCACCAAAAUCAGUGAGGCCGCCAUUAAUACCUCCAGAAGAAGAUGAAUAUGAGGAAGAAGACGAAGGCUUUUUCUUCUCAUUCGGAAGGCUUAUAAUCAAUGCCAGCUCCUCAGUGGCUGAAGUUUUUGCAGGUUUGUUAUUUUCGGGUUUAAGAAAGAAGAAACCACGCCAUCAAGAUCAUCUGAGACAUUUCCAACAGAUAAACAACAGACACCCGGAUCACUCGUGGCCUAUGCAAAACAGUUAUGUCAUCAGAGAUAAUGGAGAUGAACCCCCAGGAUUAGAAUGUGUAGAUAAUACUAGGACUUCUAUUAUGAGAAAACCAUACCCACAGCAGCAAAUAAGACAAGGUCAGGGUUAUUAUGAGGGAAGAGAUGUUGAUUUUCAUCAGCAUCUGGGAAAAGUUCCUCAACAACAAGAGGUGAAACAGGAGCAGGUGCAGGAGCCGCAACAGAAGCAGCAGAAGAGAAGUGUUGCCUCGAAUCCAAAGGCUGUUGGGGAGAAAGGCUCUGAUAAGAGUGAAAUUGUAUUUGGAGCAGUCCAAGAACAGGAUGGAAGACGCGAGGCAGUGGUGAUAAAAGCUGUUGAUUAUAGUGACCCUGCUGUUUAUAAUCACCAAAAUGUUCGGUCUAGGUUAAACUACAUGGGUUACUCUUCAUACAGCUAUUCCUAAUCUCACACAU